CUCUUAUAAAAAUACGCUCCUUUCUUUCAUACCUAAACAGUAUUUCCCGUUUGAUUUAAUUCCACAGGAUUAAACAUGUUGGAUAACAUUGAAUUUACAUUGAUUAAGCCUAUUCAUUACGAUGAUGUUAUUGAGCAUCUCAAGGAGAAUUUCUUCUAUGAUGAGCCAUUGAAUCAUGCUGUUGGAUUAUGUAGAAUUAAAGGAGAAUCAAAUCCGGAAUUAGAGAAGCACAGUUUGGCGACAUUGAGUGAUGGAGUUAGUAUUGCAAUACGAAACUCAAAAGGUGAGAUUAUUGGGGUGUGCUUAAAUGGAUUUUUACAUCCUGGCGAUAUCUUGAAAGCAAAGGAGACUCUCGAGUCAUGUCAAGAUGAGAGAUUUAAGAAAAUAUUUAAUUUACUAUACGACACAAACUUGAAAGUUGAUUUGUUUGAGAUAUUAAAAGUGGAUCGUAUAUUUGAGUAUCGAAUCUUAUCUGUCGAUAAAGCGUAUCGUGGACAGGGCCUUGCCAAGAAAUUAAUUCAAAAGAGUGAAGAUAUGGCAAGGAAGUAUCAUUGCAAAGUUGUUAAAGGAGAUGCUACAGCAGUUGGAAGCUUGAAAGUAUGCCUUUCACUUGGAUUAAAGCUUAUUCAUGAAGUUCCAUAUUCGGAUAUUGAUUUAGAUGUCGAACCUCCACACGAGAAACUAGCUAUCCUCUAUAAAGUUUUAGAUGAUGUGGAUUAAAUUGCUAUUUUUAACUUUUUUGAGACAUAAACAAUCGAGUAAUGAUGCACAAAUUUUUAAUACAGUAAAUUGACUGUAUGCGACCCUUUUUGUAUUUUUCCAAUGAUUAAUUAAUAAUAUUGUCGCCAAAACACAUUUAAGCAGCAUAGGUGCCUGCUGUUCAUGUAAAUGACUAACACUAUUGCAAAAUUCAAUUUAAUAGUGUUCGUUUGACGUGUAUUUACGUGAAAAGCAUAAAUUUAUGUUGCAUUUUAGCAUAAAAUCUUGGGGGUUUGUUAUAGCUAUUUAAGAAUGUGAUGUUUAAGUGGACCAAAAAUAAUACAACAUUAAUAGUUUCGUCAUGUUACUGGAAAAUAUAUUCUAAAUAAAUGAGAACCAUUUUCAUUUACUCACCAAAUUAUUUCAUUUUUAUUUCACAUUUGUUACAGGCAGUGGACAUAAGUAUUAUUUUUGCUUAUUCAUCUUCUCGAAUGAUGACUCUUUCUUUUGCUGAUAAAUGUGGAAUCGAUCCUGGUUUUGAGUUUAAUA